AUGGCAAAGCAACAACAACAAAAUAACAACAACAAACAGUUCAAUAUACAACUACAGGACACGAAUCGUGAGGCUGAUAGCGAUUUGGAUGUAGUUGUCAAGAAUACACCAUUCUUGAUCGUAUUGAAUGUGGUUGCCGGUGCAGACUUCUCAUUCGAUGCAAAGAGGUUCUCAAAGGAUGAUGUCAACCUGCAGUUGGUCUAUGACGACAACACAGGUGCCGAUAGCAACCAAGGUGUCACCUACAGAAAGACAAAGCCACUCGACUACAACGUCUACUUAAAGGAUCGCUCAAUGACAAUCGAGACUCGUCUCCAUGUCUUGUCGUCCAAGCACGAGAACAACUGUUUCAGAGUGUCAGUAGAGUUCAACGGUCACCGUCUUGUGACCAAGUCGAUAAAGUGUGUGUCAAAGUUGGUGGUCGAGUCAAAGAAGAGGACCAAGAAGGUUCAGCAACCAGCCUCUUCACCAUUGAUGGUGCCCAACUCACCAGAGAUGCAGGACAUUGUCCCAGCCAAGACAAGCAACAAGAGAAAGUCCAUGGAGACUGAGCCAGCCGUCUCAGAGACCAUGUCCAAGAGCCUAAAGAAGCUCAAGUCUCAGCAGAAGAAGGAUAGAGAGCUGAUCACCUUGCUCUACAAGCAGAAUGUCAUGCUGCUCAACCAAGUCAACACCCUCACCAAGGGCCUCAACACACUCAUCACCGUGCACAAUGACACCUCCUCUUCAAUGCCCUCCUCUCCAUGCUCCCUCCCAAUGUAUUCGCCCUCAUCACCAGCCGACUCAUCGGUCGCCUCGGACGACAUUGGCAUCUUCCCUCACGUGCACACACCAUCAAUCGAGUCGUUCAGCCAGGAUCAGUGCUCAUUCAACUAUGACGACAACAACAACAUGGAUGAAACCUGCCAACAACAGCACAACAACAUCAACAACACAUGCCUUCCAGUAGAUAGCUAUCAACAACAAUCGCAAUUGGUCGCCAUCCCCACUGACUUCUCACUUUUUAAUGAACAGGUAAUGCCCGCAUCCAAUUAUUCAGCAGUCACUGCUGAUGAUCAUAGCGGAUACACAGAGACUGCCUAUAAUACGCAACAGUUGAACACUUAUUCACCAUCUUCUUAUUUAGAUGUAAAUCUAGAUUUCAACAGCAUCUCUGGCAGCUGUAAUGCCACAAUGUUCCCCAACGUCAUGACCGAACUGUCCCGUGUCAACGAUCUCUCCGUCUUCCAAUGUUAA